AUCGUCCAACAACAACAGAUUUUGAGGUUAAAAUGGCUGGAGGUAGUUCCAGUGAUUUUUGUUUAAAAUGGAAUGAUCACCACAAUGUGUUCUUCUCGACAGCUGAGAAAUUAUGUGGUUCUAACCUUUUGUGUGACGUAACCCUCUCAGCUGGAGGACUGUUCUUUCAGGCUCAUAAACUGGUUCUCUCUAUCUGCUCCGAUUAUUUUCAAAAAGUGUUUUCACACGUUGAUAAAGGUACCAGUACUGUAAUAUAUCUAAAGGGUGUAGAUAGUAGACAUUUAGAGUUGAUUCUCAGCUAUAUGUAUAGAGGAGAGAUCACUUUACAAGAAUCCGAGCUAGUUCUUCUGCUAGCUACAGCAUCAGAGUUACAGGUGAAAGGACUGUCCGAGAUGCAUCAGGACAAGAAGCAACCUAAACCUAAUCUAGAGCAGACUAAACCUGAUAUUAUUAAACCUGAACCUAGAAAAAGUGUAGAAUCUGAAAGGCAGCAGAAAAGAAAGAAUGAUCUGAUAAUUGCCAGAUCUAGUUUACCUGAGAAAGUACUGAAACUGGAAGAUGGGUUUUGCAGGAAAUCUGUGGAACAAGAUCUGACCGAAAACGAGCUGGUCCAGGGUAGUAAUUCAUCACUUCUCUGCCAAGAAACUCAGCUUAUUUCUAAGGAUGAUAUUACAGAUCUAACAGCUGACGACGUGGAAGAGUUUGAAUAUGAUGAGGAGAUAUCUGAGAUUGGUGGAGAGUUUACAGAAACUGAACAAUACUUUGAUUAUGAAAACCAGACAUCUAAUCCUUCAGCAGUAAAGCAUAAAAAGCCAAUUGUACUGAAAGCGUUUCAAUGUGGUAUGUGUGAAAUGUCGUUUGAUCAGAAAUGGUUGCUAAAACGACACUAUAGAACACAUACCAGAGAACGCCCGUUCAGAUGCACGCUGUGUUCGCGGAAUUUUUCUCUUCGAGAUAGCUGUAUCCGGCAUAUCAGAAAUGUUCACCGAGCGGAGUUAGAUUCAGGAGAGGUUAAUGUUAGCGAUGUUGGAUCUUAUUGUCAGUAUGAUGAGGGAAGUGGAUUAGUGGAUUCUGAACUGAUGUACGAGAACGAAGCAUUGGCUCUCACCAUGUAAUUUUAGUCACGAUUCUAACAUUACAGUAUCAUAUACCUCAACUUAGUUUCAUAUAUUUUAGGGAGAAUCUUUUCAAAUACAGUGGUCAUCAGAAAACUGUGGAAUGAUUGUCAUAUUUAUUAUAUUUUUAUUAUUGAAUGUCGUCACUUAGUUUGCAUUUGCAAUUGAAUUCCACAGUUUUCAGCUCACACUGUGUUAAUGUGACUCCUGUUACCUUUUUUAUGUUUUGUUUUUUAAAGUUUGCACUAUCUUUUGUUUACAUUGUGAUGAAAGAAUUGUCCCGUACCAAAAUGUUGAAAUAAAAUAUCCGUUUAUUU